AUGGAUAUAUCUGAACUUACCCAAAGCUACAAAGGUAGAAAAGAUGAUCCCAAACUUUACGGCGAGCUUUGGUCGCGCUUGAAGCUCGACCAAAGUUUUAUUCAUGUAAUUUUGAGUAAUCAGCUUGUGCACCAACACUUGCAAGAUCUGAACUCUUGUUUGGCCACUGACUGCAUUGAAAGACGUUUAGUUACAUUUACUGCUAUAAAUUGCGAGCCUUCCCUCGUGUUUGGAAGAAGUAUAACAUCUGAAGUCUUUCAAGCAAUAAUAACGACCAUUGAACACUAUGAAACAGAUCCCUACGAUAGAGGCGUUUGUCUUUGCCUUUUCAAUACAAUUCUUAGAAUCUCAGAAUGCGACCAAGACAUAACGUUUCUGGUUCAAAAUAUGAACUUCAUCGAAAAACUCGCGGCAUCGAAAGCUAAUGCAGUAGAUCUCAUGGAGUUCAUAUAUUUGACAGCUACCCACCCGUGUAUUCCUGAGGGUGAUGCGAUGUUGUGGAUAAAGGAACUAUAUCUCUCAGGAAUACUAUGGUGGCUGCGAACAAACUUGAUCCAACCCAAGAAGCUUGAUCUCUUAGAGAUGAUAUUCGAGUCAACGAUCAAAUCGGUCUUUCACACUUUGAUUCAAAAUUUACAGGUUGCUUUGCGCUCUCAGAAUAUCCUUAAACCACUCCAAUUUUGCAGCGUUUAUGAAUUCACAAAACUCCUCAAGGAUUUUAAUCUUAGCGCCCAUUGUAAUGUUGUUGAUAUCCUUGCUCUGAAAUUAAAAGCUCAAAAAGAUAAGGCAAACCUGCAGAUAUUGAAGUAUUUCACAAGACCUCCACAAAGUUACGAUGAAAUGGGGCCACGUUUGUUCUCGGAAGAUUUGAGUGGCACAGGUGUGUGGAUUAGUCCUUCUCGUAAUAUGUUCAUCCAUGCGCUCAAAUCACACAUGCAUGAGUUUGUACAAUUCCAGUACGACGUCAAGAAUUUUUUGAGUGCCGUUAACUCAAGGUUUUCUGAAGCCGAGGCUGGUUUACAAGGAACUAGUAAAUACGCUACAAGUCAUUUUACAUUAGACUUGGAUGAAAAGCUUCAAUUCACUCAAUUGAAAAUUGAUAGAAAUGAAAUUACCAAAAAUAAUCACCUAACACCAGAAUGGUGCGAUUUGCCAGGCAGGCUACUAAUUUUAUCGAAGAAGAACCGUGAAUAUACUGAUGUUCAUGUCAGAGAGGUCAUAGAGGAGGGGAACGUCCUAUAUCUUCAGAUAUCUUCUAGAGUACCUUCCGAUUUCUGUGACUCUAAGCUUGCGUGCGUACUAAACCGAGAGUUGAACUUUCAAUAUAGCAAUUUGAAACAUGCACGGAACAAUGCGUUGAAGCAUAGGAAAAAGUGGUCGGCUACAGACAUGAGCAGACUACUUACAACGAACGAGCUCUCAAAGUCGCUACUAAUUUCAAACGUUUUUAGAAACUCUACAGAAAUCGAUGACGUUAUGAAUAAUAGCUUAGAUGGUGAGAAACAAAAGGAGAAAAAAAGGCGCGUGCAGAAUAUGACAACCGCCGUAAGCAUUGAUGCCAAAGAGGGAACGUGGUCGAAUAUUGAAUCAAUAAGAAGCCAAUUGAAACUAGAACUAACUAGCGAGCAGAUCAAAACCAUUGUUCGAGGGUUGCAACAGAAUAUCUGCUUGGUUAACGGUAAUGUCGGGACAGGAAAAAGCACCGUCCUUGCAUCGAUAUUAGAUAAUGUAUUUUUGAAUGCUUACUAUCACAGCUUCAAGUGCAGAACUAUUGUUAUCUGUGAUACUGACGAAACCUGUCAGAAGAUCAAUGGCUUACUGCAAUUUGUACCAAGCUCGUCGGUCAUUUGCUGGUCGAAGGACUUGGAACCUCUUCUGAACGCAAAAUUGGAUGAAGUGAAGUCACUGCUAUUGCGAGUACAAGAGAUUGCCAUUACCCUUGGUAUUCCUGGCGAUCACUCUACUACCAUUGAGGCCGCACAAUAUUUUUUCCAGCACUUCCUAAAACCUGUUUUACAAGAGUAUAGCGCGGUAACAUCUUUGCAAGCUGACCUUUCAAAAUUUCCGCUUCUAGAGCUUCAAUCUUCUUCUGCUGCUAGUAGAGAACAAUCUAUCGCUGACGUAAGUUGCGAAAUUGCCACUAUAUUCGAGCAGUUAGAAAAGUGGCAAUCACUUUUCCUCCCAGGAAGUUCUGCGAAAGCAGCUUGGGAAAGUUGUGAUCUCCUUAUACUCACCAAGGCUCAGUUUGGAGAUGUUCUCUUGAAGAAGGAUUUGAAUAUGGCAUCUUUUCAAAACUUGGUAAUUUGCAACGCCAGUUACUUUCAACCCUUAGAAAUCUGGCAAGCCUUAAGCGUUUCUACCGAAUGGCAAAAGAUUAUCAUCACUGGCGACUUUGUCAAUGGACCGAUACCCUUUGUCGUUCAGCAAUUUGUGAACGCAGAUAUGUUACAACUACAGCUAACGUGGGCCUUUGACACGACUGCGGAGAUUCUGAGUGCUCGUUCCCCUCAUAUUCAAGGCUGCGAUCCGGUACCGGGUCUUUGGAAAUCACUUCAACUGAUAAAGUCUCCCGGGGAAGUCUUGAAGAACGUAAAUUGGGAUGAGGCCGAAUAUUGUGUGUUUUUAUAUGCGUAUCUUCGCCUUGUGGGAUAUCCCUGGCACAGCAUCAGUAUUGUGACUCUUUCCAUGUACCAAAAACACGCUGUUGAGACUGAAUUCCAAAAUUGGCAACAAAAUCCGCUGACCAAGAAUCUGUUAAAGCCGAAGUUCAUCAACUCUUUAGAUCGAAACUUUUCCCAUAGAAACGAGAUAAUCAUUGUUUCUACGGCUGGGAGUGUUCCCAAUGUGAGCUACUUGUCACGGUUAGCCAAGAGAGGUCUUCUCAUCCUCACCUGCCACAGCUCUGAGUCUCUACAGGUCACCAAAGCGGAAAGAUAUCCUAACGUUAAUGCUCGGGAGCUGCGCAACAUGCAAGAAAUUCUUGGUUUGAAGGAACUCAAAUCUAUGACCAACAAGCUACUCAAAAACCGCUGA